AUGGCGAGGGACCGGACCCGGACCCAGACCUGGCUCACCCGGGUGGCAGCGGUGGCAGUUCCCAGUGAGGGGAGCCUGGCCGGGAGCGGGGGCAUGAGCUCUGCCCUGCGGGACAUGGGGCAGGAGAGACUGCCCUACAAAUUCUUCUCGGACCCGUCGGGGAUCAACGAGAAGCGGAAGCAGCGGCGGAUCCGGACGACGUUCACCAGCUCCCAGCUGAAGGAGCUGGAGAGGGUCUUCGCCGAGACGCACUACCCCGACAUCUACACUCGUGAGGAGUUGGCCCUCAAAAUCGACCUCACCGAAGCCCGGGUGCAGGUCUGGUUCCAGAACCGCCGAGCCAAAUUCCGCAAGCAGGAACGGGCGGCCAACGCCAAGGGUGCCGGUGCCACCGCCGGCACCACCGGCAAGAAGUCAGAGCCACGCUCUUCCUCAGAGGACGACGAGUCCAAGGAGUCCAACUGCAGCCCGACGCCGGACAGCACGGCAUCCCUGCCCGCCGCUGGCAGCCUCGGCAGCCCCGGCAGCAGCCUGAGCCCCAGCCCCGGUGCGGGGCCACCCAUGGGACCCGGCCAUCCCCCCCAGCCCCUCAAGGCGCCCAUCUGGCCCGGCGUGAGCACCAGCAGCGGCACCGCCAAUGCCACCGACCUGCUGAAGGCCUGGCAGCCCGCCGAAGCCGUGCCGGGACCUUUCUCCGGCGUUCUCUCCUCCUUCCAUCGGAAGCCCAACGCCCUCAAGACAAACCUCUUCUGA